AUGAAGCUCAAUUCUUUGGUGGGCUUCGUCGCUGCGACGGCUGGUGUUGCGCAAGCCGCUUCUUCGGACGACUCACUCGCGCUCUUUGCUAAGAGGAGGACGGCGGACUUGUCGCAAUUCCCUGACCCGACGUGGUUUGCCAAAAUUGAUACGUGGCUGUCUUCUCAAAAGGCGGAUGGCACUUGGUCGGACGUAAACUAUCUGUCGGGAUGUCCUGCGCAACGUGCCAAUUGGCCGAUACAGGAGCAUUGGAAUAGGCUGAUUACUCUUGGUGCUGCGUGGAGCGGUGUUAACCCUGCUGUGUCGAGUACAUGGGCCAAGGAUCCCAAGCUUCUUGCUGCGGUGCAGAAGGGUCUGGAUUAUUGGUUUAGCAAUGACUAUACACCGGCCGACUGUAUGGGAGAUGGAGGGAACGCGUCAAAGGGAUGUCCUUGCGAUACGCCGGGCCUGUGGAACACCAAUUGGUAUGAUCAGGCCAUUCUGAUUCCUCAACUAUGCUCGACGGCGUGUCUUCUCGUCAAGGAUGCAAAUCUCACAGAGACUCAGCGAGCUGGCUGUGAGCGCAUCCCGAACCGAGCGUACGCUCUCCGGGAUGGCACUUACGGUACUGGAGGCCGCAUGACUGGAGCCAAUAUGGUCUUGGUUAUGCAAAACUCGGUCACUUUGGCUCUUUUCACGGAUAACAGCACAAUCUUGUCGGAUGCUAUGACUAGAGCCUUGUCUGUGAUGACUUUCGUUGAUACCCCCGGAGAUGACGGUAUCCAUCGAGAUGGCACGUUCCUUCAGCACGACGGUCUCUUGUACAACGGCAACUAUGGUAAAGAUUUGUUGAAUGCUUUCAUUCAACUCGAAGGCGAGGCCAUUGGUACUUCAUUCGCUGCAGACGACAGUACUCGAGAGGCCAUGUCCACUUACAUCAAAGGCGACGAGUGGAUGAUUUACACAGACUCUGACACAAAAACCGAGCACUGGGACUUUAAUGCCAUCGGUCGUUUUGUUUCUUUUCCUACCGUUGACCUUCAGGCCAGCGCAGAUAUCAACUUCAACGUCUCAAAGCUUGCCAAUGCAGUGGCUGAUUUUACGGGAUCGUACGCCGUCAACGAUACAAUCCGCAGACUUCUGUCCAACGGAACCGAGAAGCUCACGGGCAACAAGGGCUUCUGGGCAAGCGACUACAUGGUUCACCGCCGGCCUGGCUUCGUCCUUACAAACAAGAUGAUUUCAACCAGGUCAUCCAACUCCGAGAGUGUGAAUGGAGCCAAUCCAUAUGCAUACCACAUGGGCCAGGGCACUCUGUAUUCCUACGUCAAGGGUAAUGAGUACAAGGACAUCAUGGCACAGUGGGACUGGAAUCUUGUGCCUGGAACGACUACUCUGCUCAAUCAGCCCAAGCUCCAGGCCAGUCAGGUAAAGUACGAUGGCCUGAAGGACUUUGUUGGCGUCGUGAGCGACGGCAAGUUUGGCGCUGCUGUUGAGGACUAUCUCGACCCCUUGACUCAGAAUCUAUCUUACCGCAAGUCUUGGUUCUUUGUCGAUGAGGGCGUCAUUGUCAUCACCACCGACAUUAAGAAGAAUUCCACUGUUGGAAACACUCCCGUCAUAACCGUGCUGGACAACCGCGCAGCAGAGCCAACAAAGCCAUUGCUCAAGAACGGCCCCCUCUCAAAGCUCGGCGAACAACACUCCACCUCAGAUACUCUGUACUACGCGAACAAUGGCUAUCUCUCCUACGACACCCCCUUCGAGCUCACCAUCUCUCUGGGCAAGCGAAGCGGCAACUGGUCCGAGAUUUCGACCUCGAACCAGGGCGUCAAGACCGCCGACAUCUUCUCUGCGUAUACUACAAUCAAGGGCAGCCAAUUCACAUAUGGCUACUUCCCGGGCAUUUCAUCCCAGAAACUCAACAAGGAACUCGAGAAGCCCACCUGGAACCCCAUCACCAAGAAGGGCAUCUCGGGCAUCUACGGCAAGGACAGGGCGAGCCUGGCCUUUUGGCCCGGCGGCGACAAGUCUGUUGCGCUCGACCUGAAGGCGCUCGGAUGGUCCAAGGCCGGCACGCUGACUUUUACGUCUGACCAGCCGGCGGUGUAUCUCAUCAGUGCGCAGUGCAAGGACAAGAAGAGCAUGCGUCUGGUUGUUACCCUGGCGGAUCCUACUCAGAAACUCACCGUGGCUUCGUACUCGAUUAAGAUCUCGGGACAGGGCCACAAGGUGAGGGAGAUGGGAAAGAAGAGCGAAGGGCUUGAGAGGAGAGGCGAUGGCGGCAUUGGAUUUGGUGUGAGGCUGCCAACUGGAGGACUUGCUGGAUCCUCUGUUAGCCGCGAAGUUCUCUUGGAGUUGGACUAG